UGUGUAAUAAAUGUUACUUUUUGCUUGUACACUGUUGUUAUUGGUAUUAUGUUAUUGGUGUUAUUAUGUUUGUAUACCUCAGGGCCUCCCAUACAUGUACAUAUUUAUGUUUUGGGUUAAGCUUUUAUUCUUCUGGUAGACAGAAAUAAAUAUUUAAUUUGGCAGUAUCUUGACAUUAACACAAAUUCUUUUCACACCAAACACUCCAUCUUCUGGAUAUUGUCUCAAAAUGAAACUCAUGCAAUUGUUACAGUCUCAGUCAAUAUUUAAAACUUUGGUUUGGUGAGAAGGUGAAGUGCCACAUUCAUUUCUUCCCAAGAGGAGACUGCCCUCCAGUGGAAACAACUCUGGCUGGAAUGAGCCUUGAGAUAGCAUACGAUCCAGCUUCUGUCUCCUGGGAAGGAGGGAAGAAUUUUGUUCAUCACCAGCGACAAAUAUGUUCUGCCUAGAGCAGAAAUGGAAGCACCAUCCUAAUACCUCUGAAAUUUAUCUUAAGCAUCACGUCUGCUGUUGCACUGAGGCUGCUAAAUAUUUUCUGACUCAUUACUCAAAUGACUCAUGCUCCAUUUAGUGUGGUGGGAAUACAUGGAGAAGCAGCCAGAUCCAACCGAAAUUCAAACCGUGAGGAAAUGUCAUUCAGAUUCGGCCAACAUCUCAUCAAGCCCUCUGUGGUGUUUCUCAAAACAGAACUGUCCUUCGCCCUGGUGAACAGGAAACCUGUGGUACCUGGACAUGUCCUCGUGUGUCCCCUCCGGCCAGUGGAGCGCUUCCGAGACCUGCAUCCCGAUGAAGUGGCCGACCUGUUUCUGGCAGCACAGAGAGUCGGGACGGCAGUGGAAAAGCAUUUCCAGGGCACCUCUCUCACCUUUUCCGUGCAGGAUGGCCCCGAAGCCGGACAAACUGUGAAGCAUGUUCACAUCCACGUUCUCCCAAGGAAGGCUGGAGACUUUGGCAGGAAUGACAGCAUCUACGAUGAGCUCCAGAAACAUGACAACGAGAAGGAGGACUCCCCAGCCUUGUGGAGAUCGGAAGAGGAGAUGGCAGCCGAAGCCGCGGCGCUGCGUGGCUACUUUCAGUGACGCAGACACUCCACUACUGAAACGGAGCAGGACCCUACAGUCCUUCCCCCACGUGUCCUCAGCCUGCCUUCUGUCUGUGAAAAAAACUUCAGCCGAAGCAUAAGUUUAAUCAGACAAGUGCGAAAAUGCAGAAACAAAGGAAAACAGUCAAACAGGACAAAACAGUAAUAGUUCAGUUAGUAAACAAAGCCAAGAACCUUUAGUUCCUCCUCAAGGGCUAUAGAUAAUAUUCACAGCCAUGUCCUGUGAGCUGUCUUGUAGAUACUGAAACCCCCAGGAGGUGGGAGAAGUCAACUACAUGAUGACUAGACUGUAGCCAUGUUAGAAGCUGCCAUAAUUCCGAGAAUUGGCCUCAAGGAAGUGGGAACAAACCGACGCUGGAACUGAAGAUUAACUGUACCUAAAACAGUCAAGAUGACGCUGGUCAGACCACCCCAU